AUAUAAAUUAAAAUAUAAAAACUCAGUAAAUACAAAUAAUUAUAAUAAAAAUGUUUCAAACUAAAAUGUUGGCUGUAGCCUUAGUUGCAAUUGUGAGUGUUUUAGGUAUUCAGGCUCAAUCUAAUCCACCCACAACAUGUCAAACAGCUACUGGCAUGACAAAUGUCAAUGCCACUUUGUUUGCUGGAGACUGGUAUGAAGAAUUCCGUGCUCCUGCCAGAAAUGUUUCCUGCGUUCAUAUUCAUGUCGAUGUUGUCAAUAAUCAGACGCAACUCAAAGUAAUGUCAAUGUAUUCUGCCUCACAAAGUGGCUUGUUGAUGGAUAAAAACACCCAGGCCAAUGUAAACAUUAGUGAGAUCAACGCCAACACUGGAUUCAAUGUGACCUACAACAAUACCAACGGUGUCAACGCAACCUACAAAAUUUUGAGCACUGAUUAUAAUACGAAUGUCGUUUUAUGUGGUUUUACCAACACAAAUGAUCCCUCAACCUCAUUCGGUGUAAUUUUAACUCGCAAACAAAUUGCCAACGCCACCUGGUUAAUGGAGGUUAAAAGCAAUGCUUCCCAAAUCCUUCCCGGCUUCAAUGAUAGCUCCGCCGCCAAUAUAACACAAUCUAUAUCUUGCUAUGCUAACUCUGCUACUACUUCAGUUCCCGUUCUUGCAACAUUAUUUGCAGUCUUCUACGCCCUUCUCAAGUUUGCGUAUUAAUCGCUAAAUAAUUAUGUACAAUUAUUUUAAUUUAUUAUAUUUCAAUUUUUAAAUAACUUCAUACAUAUGUAUAAAACAAAUAAUGUUGGACAGAAUUUUUAAACAUUUAAAUAUUCUAUAAAUAAGAAUAAUAAAAUUCCGCAUUAGUGUCUGCACAAUUGCUAUAAAAUCGAAA